CGCUUUGCCUGGAAAAAAUUAACAACUUCUUCGGGCUGCCGUGAGAGCCAAUCAGGCGGCUCCCGGGGCAGAGCCCUGCCCAAUGGGAAAGGCCGGCCCGGGAGCUGUCACUCACCGGAGAGGAAUGACAGCUGGGCUCUCCUGAAAAAGGCCGAGGAGGGGAGAGGAAAGAAACAGAGGUGGAGGGGGAACGACGGGGAGGGCCUGCCGAGGGGGGACCGGAGCGCGAGGAGCCGCGCCGAGCGGGCGCGAGCACACCAGGCGGACCCGACGCCUGCCGGGCUCUUUAUGGGAAGCCUGCGCAGGACGCCCCGGGGCCCCGACGGCGCCGCCGCUGCUGCUGCAGCCCGAGGAGAGGCGAUGCGCUCGGCGAGCUGAAGGGAGGCUUCCCGCUGGAGAAGGCGCCCUAGGAGCGGGCGAGGGGCGGGGGCCGGAGACCGAUGGCGGUGCGCAGCAGCAGCACCCCUGCCCCGACGCCCUUCUCCAUCCAGGCCAUCCUCAACAAAAAGGAAGAGCGGAGUGCGCGGGGCUUCCUGCAAGGCCGACUGCAGCCGCCGCCGCCCGCAGGGGGCGCCUCCGCCAGCCCCGACGUGGCGCCCGCCUGCUGCUGGAGGCUCUUCGGCGACGAAGCGGCGGCGCUGGCCGCGGCGCUGCACCAGCACCAGCCUGCCUCCGCCUUGGCCCCCGCGGCUUCCAGGGCUCCCGGACUCGCCGUCUGGGACUCCGACUCGGUCCUGAGCGAGGAGCAAGAGGGCGACAAGGAGGAGGACGACGACGACGAAGAGGACGACGACGAGGACGGCAGCAAAUCGCCCGCGGCCUCCCGGAGGCCACGAGAAGGGCAGUCCUCUGGUUCUGGCGCCCGAUCGCUGUCGGAGGGCUCGGGCAGGGAGCCGCCGGGACAGGAGCUCCAGGAACGGUCCCCGGAGGGUCUCAGCGACAUUGAGCUCUCAGCCCGAAUUUCAGGUACGCAGAGAUUACGCGGGAGUCCCAGGGUGGAGUUUGCGCUUUUGAAAUCCGGAUUAAAAUGGCCAACCCAUGGCGCUUUGCUCGCAGGAGCUGAUUCCCGGAAAUGCCAGCUCCGCGGCACCUAUUAAGCAUGAAUUGGAAUUGCAGGGCAGGGGCGGGGGGGAUGAGAAUAUCCAUCCUAAAUCAUCGCGUGUUAGCACAGAGAAACACGCACCCUCCGUGUGCCAAAGGAACGAAUCUGCCCCACUGAUCUGGAGACGCCAGUUAGCCUGUUAGGGCCGGUUUAGAGUUCCACUUUGAGCGGCCUUUCAGAAGAUCCCUGCCCUAGGAAACAUGCUGUAGGGGGAACGAUCCAACUACUAUUUUAACGCAGCAGUCCUUUGCACACUUACACCUAGAUCUAAGGCCCACUGCAGUGCGCUUAGACUUGGUCCCGAACGCCCGCGCGUAAGAGUGCGCUGUUCGUCCGAAUGGAGACGAAUGGGAAGGAGAAUUUAGCACUACUGACUGCGUCUCGCUCUCUCCUGCUGCUCAUGGUGGACAAACUCGGGCUGAGGCCACAGAAUUCUGGACCCUUCCAGCUUGCGGCCCAGGGAGUCAUCUUUUUACUGCUUUCUCCAUAAAAAGCGCUGUGCAUGUCCUCAAUCGGCACGUAGAAGGUUUUACUGUAGCUCUCGUCCCGAAGGCUUAAGUGUAUUUUUCGAUUGCUUUUGUUUAAAUAAUGCAUCUCAGUGUUACAAGCAGAGUCUAUUGAUGGUCAAGGAAACAACCCCCCUCCGCCCAAAAGAGAAAGAACUCUUUUAAAAUAUUAAUUAAAUGGGUCACGAUCUUCAGGUCUCGCACCUUGCUACAUUUUAAAUGGAACCUUUCAGCGCCUUGGUUAUUCAAAGCUUAGGGCCCAUGUAAAGCGAGUUGCUUUUAAAACACUGGAGCAUAAAGUUGCAUCUUAUUUAUUUUCGUUUUUGCUUUGUCCGUGUCUCUUGCAGUCCUGCAAACACACGCGCUAAUCUCCACUAAAAUUACGGUGAUGCGGACCUUUAUAAUCCCAUCUUCCAGAACUCCACUCCCAACUUUAUUAUAUAGAAAUCUGUUUCUUUUUAAUCCAUAGUAUUUCACUUAAUUCAUCUACAGCACAACCCUAGGCAGAAAUCCUAUACAGAAAUUGCUUCCGUUCAGAUCAAUGGGGUUAAGCGGGUACAGAUAAGACUGCAGCAUUAGGCUAGACAGUGAGUCCAUCACCCGCUGCUACUCCCAGUCCCCGCUCUCCCCAUUCUGAAGGCCCCGGAGCUCGAGGCAGGCUGCAGGCCCUCCGUCCCAGAGAGCAACUGGCCUAGGGCCUCUUAGACUUUCGCUUGAAAACGGCGACUCUCCUCGUUUCCUCAACCCCAAGGCGGCUCCUCUGGACGCAGACUUCGGGAUGCGAUCCAAAGGAUGCGAAUUUGGUGGUAAAAUCCGGGGCGGGGAGUCCCACUGCCUGAUACCCACUUACAUGGCGACCCGGUUCCGCGUCCACGUGCCAGGGAGGGGCCGUGCUAUAGGGCGCCUUGCCUGCGGGAAAAAGCAGCAUCUUCGGGGCAGAGCCAUUACCGAAAGCCGCACCCCACCCCCCAAAAAGAAGAGGUCAGUUUGUUCCUUCCGGCCUACUCCGGAAACCAUGCAGAGGGCUGUUUUACUCCAGGGAGUUUCCCAGCCUUCAAGGGCGCUUGUUCGCCUGGUGGCCAUUGCGGAAGAACCGAGGCUGGCAGGCCGGGCGAGGUCUGGGAGCAAAAGGACUGGCGGGAAUGGACGUCCAGGAACGGAGGAGAAGCAAGUUUAUUUCAGCCUCGAGGGCGGGAAUAACAGCCCUAAAAACAAGAGCAGUAACCCCGCGAUCCAGCCCAAGCUGCGGGCUUUCGAGCCUAGUCAGUUCUUAAGCAGAGUUGUGCGCAUACUUCAGACAUUUGCGUGGAACUCCUGCGGUUAACUUCGCCGCCUUGCUUGCCCGAAUUUUUGUUUUCGUUUUUUUAAUGUAAGCUUUGAGGUGUAGCUUUCAUAAGGCAGGAUCGUGCCUCUGAAUGAGGAUCCAUUGCCACGGGGAGAAGGGGAGGGCAGCCGCCGCCGUAGAAUAGUGGGAGAGCAAGCAAGUGAUAUUUAUUUGCGGGAGGCGGCUAAAAUCCCUUUUCAGUUGCACGGUUCCAGGAUUUCCAGUCACGUGAGCCGAAUUAAAUUUCAUGUAAGGGAUACUUUGGCCGGUCCGAUCCACAACCUCAUUAAGCCCUACGUAGUACUGAGCACGAUUUUAAGAUCAACGGAGCUCAAAAUACUUCGGUUAAUCCGUAUUGAGACUCGCAAGGUCAACCAAAACAAUAAUCAGCUGCAGCCAUUGAAACCGCUUGUGCCAGAGUAUUUUGCUCUCUGUCCUGGGGACGAGCCCACGAGUGCUGCUUACUCCCGUGUAAAACACAGACGCAGAUCCUCCUAAAUGCUUCUAGGCCCACCGCCGUUGCUUCGUUUUGGGUUUUCACGCCUGUGGCCGGAUGUGGCGUGGCUUUGAGUGGGCUCGGCUCUCCGAAGCCUUUCCCUGCCUGGUUUGCCAACUGGGCUCGCCUGCCGGAUCGCCGGGACUGGGGCUUCCCUCCUAACUCCGCAACAGUCCAGUUGCCGACUUCAAUGCGUGAGUGAAAGAGAAAGGCUUUCUCCGCCCUGCGCUGAACUCGAUGGGUGGGGGGGGGACCUCUAUUUGGCGCUGUGCUGUAGAUGGAGCCCCCCCACCCCAGCCCCGUUAGAGUGCAGGGGCGGAGGACAGGUAUCUCACUGAGACUGGAAUCAGGUGUCCCCUGGGAGGGACGGGCGAUUUUUGUUUGGUCUCCCUCCCCAGGAGUCCCGAAGGAGGCCUUCCUCCUUCUCUCCCCUCUCCUGGCUUUGCAGGCUCGCGAUCGGUCUGCAGGAGCCUCCAUCCUAACCCCAGAGGCCGCACCAGAUAAAACUGUGGGCGCGGCGGGGGGGGGGCACGGAAGGGACAAAGUAUAUGUCUAGGUGUGAAGUUGCAUCCCAUAUGUUAGGAUCUCAAAGAAAAAUAACUGCAUAUUAAUGACAAGACUCCAGCAAUUGGGCGGGGGGCGAGUUCUUUUGGGGGUACGGGAGGCGGCAGGGAUGCAUAGCUUCUGCCCGCCAGUUCUGCCCCUUCAAACGCCGUCGUGGGUCCCUACCCUGCCUGGUUCCGAGGUCCGCCUCCUUCCUGGAUGAGCCAGGGACCCGGCCCAACUCCGUGUCAGUAUUUAUAUCCCGCUUUUUGACGACAAAGCAAACGCGGCUUGCCAUUUAAAUGCCGUCCGAACAGCGAAAAAAGGCAAUCCAGCAUAGACGAUAAUGCGCUCGGCCAGAAAGCGUGUCUGAGGCGAAAUAGUCUCGAGAGCCGGUUCCCAAAGCCCCUCUGCGAGGUCUCGUGCCCCUUCGAGGUCCUUGUUCGAGCCCCGUCUCUCUUCCUGCCUUCCUCCAGCCACUCUUCUGGGGCCUCGUGACCGGCAGGCCGAUCUCCUCCGGCACGUUCCCGUGGCCCUCCGUGGGAAGGGAAGAGCCCCAGGCGGGUCCCUCCAGGUUUCCCCCGAAGCGCCUGGUCUGGCGGUGCCACGGUCUGUCGAAAUGCCACGGGGUUUAAUCCCAGGCCGAGUGAGUCUCGUAUAGGGCGCUCGCCUUAGGCUCUUUUCCCAAAUGAAAGCCUGUUCCCUGAAAGCGGAAUGGGAGCCGCUGUCCGGAGACCGCCGCCCGCCUGCUACAGCCUUGCGUCCUGGCGGGCUUAUUUCGAAGCCAGUCUCGGGGUCAAGGGACGCAAGCUGUUUGAAAUGGCAUUUCUCCCUCUAUUCACUGGGGUGCUGACAACCGACUGUGGUUUACGACGGCCGGCGGCCUUUGAUCCUAAUCGUGUUUCUUUCAGAGUCAAGCGUAAUGUGGGAUCCGAGGCGGGAAGGGUGGCCGCGAACCACAAAACACAGUCCUGGGCUUGGGGGAUUCCAGGCGCGCAAUGUAGCUCCGUCGGGCUCCGUCGCUCGUCCUAAGCAGAGGUGCUAGCGAAGUGGAGGCUCACUUCGAGCUCACUUCGAAUCAAACGGACUUCGGCUCUCCAUGCUUUCUGAGUGUUUCUCAGAAGAUCCUACACUUCUGGCCAACUCUGGUUCCAAACCCGUGUUACUAUUGUGAUUUACUCUCGAAUGAGACUGGGUCACUGCGUGGGCAAUUCAAAGGCACAAAGAAGAGGACUGGGUUGAGAUGUGCAAGUUAAAAAUGUGUGUGUGAGUUUCUGCGUGGCACACAUACAUGAGAAAUUUGCUUUCCUCUGCCUCUCUCUGACAAACACCCCACCCCUUUGUGCCUCUCCAAAUCCGAAACGUCGCCCCUGCGCGGGGUGCUGCCAAUGGGUGCGAGCCUUUGAAAAGACGACAGUGGGAUCCCCGCCGUGUGCGCUCCGGUUUGAGUCCGGUGUGGGUGGCGAGGGCAUUUUGGGGGGUCCCCCAGCGCCCCGCCUCUUCUGAUUCUGGAUUGUUUGUGCCUCUACCCUGUUUCCCUCAGAUCGCAGCCAUCCUGACGAGCUCGAGGAAGAGCAGAGCAACAGCAGAGGUGGCGGUAAGAGCUCCAAGGCCCCGUCGGAGGAAGACGAGGCGGCGGCGGCGGCAGCAGCAGCUGGGUCCGGCUCGGCCCCGAUGGCCGCUUCGACGGCAGCUCCGAAGCCGCGAAAGAAGCGCUCCCGGGCGGCAUUUUCCCACGCGCAAGUCUUCGAGCUGGAGCGACGCUUCAACCACCAGCGCUACCUGUCCGGGCCCGAGCGCGCCGACCUGGCCGCGUCGCUCAAGCUCACCGAGACGCAGGUGAAGAUUUGGUUCCAGAACCGGCGCUACAAGACCAAGCGGCGCCAGCUGGCCGCGGAUCUGCUGUCCUCGGCGCCGGCCGCCAAGAAAGUGGCUGUCAAGGUGCUAGUCCGUGAUGACCAGAGGCAGUAUCACCCGGGCGAGGUCCUCCGGCCGCCGCCCCUCCUCUCCCUCCAGCCAUCCUACUAUUACCCCUAUUAUUGCCUACCGGGCUGGGCUCUCUCGGCCUGCGCCGCGGCCGCCGGGGCCACGCAGUGACGGGGACUCCCUGCGCUCGAUCCAGGCUGGAUUAAGAGCCGUGGCUUCGGACUAAGGCAAAUGGACGAGACCCGGAGGGCGGGUGGGCAGGCGGGGGGCGGGGAGCACUCUGACCCGCUGUCUCCGAACCCCAAAGAACAUCAUUAUUUCAUCUGCCCCUCCCCCAUGUCUUUUGGUCUUCCAGCGAAACUCCAGUGGAGCCUCCCCGACGGGGCUGGAUGAAUGUAAGGCAGCCUCCGCUCCACGCUUCUCUUUCUUCGAGGCGGCAAAAGGGUGAGGUUUUGCCCAACACGCACCCCAGAACAGCGCAAAUAAAUCCAAACCUAUUUUAUGCCUCGGCGCAACCCCGCCGGAAGUUCUCCGGCGCGAACUGGCCCCCUUGGGCAACGGAGGAGCCGCCGCCUGUGAGUCCCCGCUGCCCAUUCACUUCCAUGGGCCGUGCGCUGGGUAACUUCCCGCUGGAUCGCGCCCUGUUUCUUCGAGGCGAUGAUGGAGAGGAUUUGGGAGAGUUGAUAUUUUAGCACUUUGCGGUUGUAUUAAAUUGUUGUUAUUAUGAUAAUUAUUUUUAUAUUCAAUGUGAAUAUUUUAGUCGGGCCUGCGGGGGUGGGGUGGGAACCCUCUAAAGGGAGUUUCAGUACUAUUCAGUGUCUUCUCGUGUCUCUUCGCUGUCUCAGUUUCCCAGCAAACCUCGCUGUCAUUCUCUCUGGUGGACGCCUGCAUAUUUGUGAAUAUUUGUUUGUUAAUCCGUUCCCCUGUACCUAUUCUUUUUUUAAUUUAUAAAGUUCAGUUUAACUCCU